AUGCAAAAUGUUAUCAAUCCUCCUCGCACUGUUCCCAUGACAGAAAAACUUAUUGUCAAGGAAGUAUUAAAGCAAGACACUUUUGGCAGGGAACAUCAUGUCAUGGAACCCCAGACAAACAUGCCUGCUGGAUGCAACAAACCCACUUUAGAUUGUCUGAUGGAAGGGGAGUCCAAGACCAGGCCCAUAAGGAGCCUGCAGCCAGGAACCAGAAGCUUGACUGUACUAGCCCUGCCCAUCCAGAGAGCACAUAUGUAUAAAAGAUCAGUACAACCCGAGCCGGAUGCUCAGCCUUUGGAGAGCUCUCCUUCCCUGGGGCCCACCAUUAGCAGCUUUCUCAAGUACUUGGCCACAUCAGAAGAGAAUGAUUCACUAUUGGUUUCUGUAAAACACAGAAAGAUAGACCAGCCAGAGCCCUCUGGCAAUGGAGUGAAAAGGAAUGACAGAGAGGCCACUGGCUCAGACUCCAAGUCAUAUAUCUCCACCACUGACAUUGGAUCUAGAGGGCAUAUCAUUUGGGGGCUCGCCCGGGAUCCCCCCAAACCCACCAGACCCCAAGUCAACGGGUCGUCCCUGAGACCGAUCGCUCUGCCCGCAGCAGCCGCCCCACCAGUCGCCCCGCUAGUUGCCCCCCCAGGGGAACCAGGAGGAUGGGAAGUGGCAGCUGCUCCGGGCCCCAUUGAAAACGAAACCAACCCCGAGGGGCCAGCCGGCCGAACCCGCAGGCGCACCCAGCGUGAGCCAAACCCUUGCCUCCCCGACUCCACUGUGGCCCUACCCCUGUGGGAAAUAGGACCCCCAGAUGAAACAGGCAACCCUCGACUCCAGUAUUGGCCCUUUUCCACCAGUGACCUUUACAACUGGAAAACACAGAACGCUCGAUUCUCUGAUAACCCUAAAGACCUAAUAGCUCUUUUAGACAGUGUCAUGUUCACCCACCAGCCCACCUGGGACGACUGUCAGCAGCUCCUCUGCAUCCUGUUCACUACAGAGGAGCGAGAGAGGAUCCAAUUAGAAGCAAGAAAGCUGGUUCCCAGAGACGACGGUAGGCCGACAUCUAACCCUGACCUCAUUAAUGCGGCUUUCCCCCUAACCAGACCUCCACAGGACGAAUGGGACUACAACACGGCAGAAGCUGCCGAGACACCCGAAGCCUGCAUCCAGGGAACCGAAGGUCUCCUGCGAACUCUGGGAACCUUAGGCUACCAUGCCUCAGCAAAGAAGGCUCAGAUCUACAAGUCAGAGGUAACUUACCUGGGUUACUUACUGAGAGGGGGGCAACGCUGGCUAACGGAUGCCCGGAAGGAGACUGUCCUUCGUAUUCCCAGACCACAGACACCACGACAGGUGAGGGAAUUCCUAGGGUCGGCUGGGCUCUGCAGACUAUGGAUACCAGGGUUUGCUGAAUUAGCAAAACCUUUAUAGCAGGCAACAAAAGAUCAACAGCCCUUUAGUUGGACGGAAGAAGCCGAACAGACCUUCCAACAAAUUAAAACUGCUCUGCUAUCAGCACCUGCCCUGAGACUCCCCGAUGUCUCCAAACCCUUCUACCUAUAUGUAGAUGAAAACCGGGGCAGAGCCAAGGCGGUGCUAACCCAGCAUUUGGGCCCUUGGUGCAGGCCAGUAGCCUCUAAAAAGCUAGAUCCAGUGGCCGCCAGAUGGCCACCCUGUCUCCAGAUGAUUGCAGCCACUGCCCUAAUGGUAAAGGACGCUGAUAAGCUGACCAUGGGCCAAGAGCUACAAGUCACCACCCCGCAUGCCAUCGAAGGCAUCCUCAAGCAGCCGCCUGACUGAUGGCUGAGCAAUGCCCGACUCACUCAUUACCAGGGACUGCUGUUGAACCCCCUCAAGGUCAUCUUCACCCCCCCAACGGCCCUGAACCCAGCAUCACUGCUGCCAGACCCAGACAUGGGAACCCCACUUCAUGACUGCGCUGACAUACUGGCUCAAGUUUAUGGGGUCCGGGAGGACUUGCAGGACCAACCAUUAUCGGAUGCAGACGCCAUCUGGUUUACCGACGGAAGCAGCUUCAUUCACCAAGGACAAAGGUAUGCGGGGGCAGCCGUAACUUCAGAAACCGAGGUGAUUUGGGCAGAAGCCCUACCCGCCGGAACCUCGGCCCAGAAGACUGAACUAAUAGCCUUAACCCAGGCCCUAAAAUUAGGGAGAGACCGCAAGCUAACCAUGUACACUGAUAGCCGAUAUGCCUUUGCCACCGCUCAUGUACAUGGGGUGAUAUACAGAGAACGGGGGCUCCUCACAGCUGAAGAGAAAGACAUCAAAAAUAAAGAAGAGAUUCUAGCCCUGCUAGCAGCCUUAUGGGAACCCAAAAAGCUAGCGAUUGUGCAUUGCCCAGGACACCAGAAGACAACCGACCCAGUUUCCCGGGGCAACAAUUUGGCCGAUCAGACUGCAAAAAACAUAGCUCAGCCCCCAGCGCAAUUGCUGACCCUACAGCUGCCAGACCCCAGACCCUGGGAAUUGCCCCCCAGCCCUGAGUAUUCAGAAAGCGACAUUCAAUGGAUGAGUAAACUUCCCAUGACCCGAAUCAAAGAUGGCUGGUGGAGAGACUCCAAAAGCAGCAUUAUACUCCCAGAUAAACUAGGAUGGCAAGUUCUAGAGCAGAUCCAUAGCAGCACCCACUUAGGUUCCUGGCGAAUGUUGGACUUACUGAGACAGACUGGACUAAAAAUCAGAAAUGUCUCUGAUAAGGUCGAUCAAGUAGUCACUAAAUGUACAGUGUGCCAACUCAACAAUGCGAGUACAAUCCUCAGACAACAGGUAAGACAAAGAGGGAGCAGACCGGGGACCUAUUGGGAAGUAGAUUUCACUGAGGUAAAACCAGGAAAAUAUGGAUAUAAGUAUUUGCUAGUUUUUAUAGAUACCUUUUCAGGAUGGACUGAAGCCUUUCCAACCAAGAAUGAAACGGCACAGAUUGUAGCCAAAAAGAUCCUAGAAGAAAUCCUGACCAGGUAUGGUUUUCCAGUAAUGAUAGGGUCAGAAUUUGUCUCUAAGGUAAGACAGGGACUGGCUUCCAUACUUGGGGCUGAUUGGAAAUUACAUUGUGCAUACCGACCCCAAAGCUCAGGACAGGUAGAGAGAAUGAACAGAAUAUUAAAGGAGACCCUAACCAAAUUGACCAUGGAGACUGGCGCUAAUUGGGUGGUCCUUCUCCCCCACGCUCUGUUCAGGGUGCGUAAUUCCCCAUACAAACUGGGACUCACACCCUAUGAAAUAAUACAUGGUAGACCACCCCCCAUCAUCCCUAACCUAAAAGAUAACCUUGUCAAAGCUGAGAACGAUAAUAGUCUUGAAUUCUUGUUCUCCCUACAAGCCUUGCAGAGGGUCCAUAAAGAUGUAUGGCCCAAAUUAAAGGAACUCUAUGAGACUGGACCCCCGCCUAUUCCUCAUCAAUUCCAGCCAGGGGAUUGGGUCCUUGUCAAACGUCAUCGGCAGGGAACUCUGGAGCCCAGGUGGAAAGGACCCUUCCAGGUCAUCCUGACAAUGCCUACUGCCAUCAAAGUAGAUGGAAUCGCCACCUGGAUCCAUUUCGCCCACGCCAAACCAGUGGACCCGUUCUCAGACCUCAUCAGUCCUUCAAAGACAACCUGGACUGUUGAUCGGACUAAGGACAAUCCUUUAAAAUUGACCCUACGCCGCCAACGGACUGAGCCGUAACUAUGGUACUUGCCCUCCUCUUGAUUGUUCUGCAAAUUCUGUCUGUAAAUCCAAACCCCCACAACCCCUAUAAUUUGACAUGGGAAAUUACUAAUUUAGAGACUUAUGAAUUCUACAACAAAACCCUAGGAACUGCCCCAUUAAAUACCUGGUGGUCAGAUUUAUAUUUUAAU